AUGGAAUCGACGCUUAAGCGAACUGUACUUUUCUCUGAGCUCCCCUCUGGCUCCUCAGUCACCUUUCCGGAAUCUUCCUUCUUUUCUCGAAAUAAUUCGCAGCUAUCACUACCGACUCUGGCUGAGUCUCUUGGGCUUGUUAUCAAAUGCGGGCGCAAUGGAACCGUGUCGAUUUCCGAAGGCCAAUGCCUAUGGGCUCUCCGCCAUUAUCUCCCCGAACUACCCGUUCCCGAGAUCUACGGGUGGUCGGAGGAGGGUGGCUACGUCCUUCUCUACAUGGAGUUAAUCCAUGGUGAUACUGUUGGGCAGCGAUGGGAUUCAAUGAAUUCAGAAGAGAAGCCCAAGCUGUGGGGAACCCUGCAGUCCAUGCACGCAGAGCUUCGCACCCUGAGGCCGGAUCCUCAAAACACAUUUCUCGGUAACGUCGGCGGGGGCCCGUAUCACGACAUCUCAAUACCCAAGAACUCCACACCCCCCGGAGGACCCUUUGCAUCGGUUCAUGGCUUUCAUAAUUGGCUCUCUGUCAUGAUUCGACAGGGUAAGGAACAGCAUUGGCCAAGAGUGAAACCGGAGGACAUCCCAGAUCCGUAUCGAUGCUUACUUCCAGACGACGUCGCGAUAACUUUCACGCAUAGCGACCUUCAUCCUAGCAACAUUAUGGUGGACACUGAAUGCCCGUCUAAGAUUGUAGCGAUAAUCGACUGGAAACAAUUGGGCUCAGAGUAA